UGCUCAUGCUAACCCUGACAAACCUAACUACUACCUUUCAGCAUCAUACAAACAUUAGCUUGCUGAGUAGCUUUUAGCUAGCUAAACUCUCCAUUAACGAAUCUAGGCUAAUCUAUGAGUCGCAAAAGAAACUACAGUUUUGCUGAAACGAGCCUGUCUCCUGAACUACAGGACGCCUUCAUGGAGCCUCCCGGGUCUGCAAGCCGAGCCGACAGCGAUUUCCUAGAGCUCGAGACCGACGAGGAGUUGCUCUGCUCGGUCGGCGACAUCACCGAGCACCUCGGCAGAAACAUCAAAGUGGUGCUGGAGACAGCGCUGUCUGAGAUUCGCAAAAUGGUCAGCAUGAGGAUACGAGUCCUGAAAAUGGAGCUACGCGAGAAAACUGAAGAGAUCGAACUGUUAAAGGCGAGACUGGAUACAGUCCAGAGGGAUGGUGUUGCGACCACGGAGCCAUCUACAGAGGCGGGAUACAAGAAAACUGACUUCAGCUCCGGAACCAAACACAACAACGCCGACCCCAGGAGAGCCAAAGCUGUCAUGCCUGGUGUGAAGAAGGAGAAUAUAGAUGCUAUUUGUGACUAUCUGAUGAAAGACAAGAACUCAAGAGGUUGUGCUGAAAUGGACGGAGACCAGAUCAGUCAAGCCAGCGGCGAGAGGGAGGCUCGCCAAGAGCAGGACCCACACUCUCUUAGCCUGUGGCCUGACAGUGGGAUGGCUGGCUCCGGCUCCGGGUCUGGGCACGGAGACUCUGAGACCACUACAGAUGACAUCUUCAGUAUGCUCCCUUCUGGCAGCAAACGGAUGUAUGACUACGAAUGGAUAGCACCAAUCGAGUAUUCCUCAGACCUGAAAGUCAUGAAGGAACCUGAGUGUGAGAACACUGUGACUGGUGAGACGGAUAAUGAUGAUGAAGAUGAGUCGUCGAGGAGGGAGGGGGGUGGACUUGACCAGGCCCAGGUUCCGCUAUCACAUGUCCAGCCCCCUGAUUUCUCCAUGGAGCCCCAGAGCUCUUCAGGGGAGGGAGGGAGUCCCCUGAAAGGCAACACAGACAGACCUGAGGCAGGUCAGCAGUUCCCCAGUCACACCUACAUCUGCUCUCUGUGUGGAACCUUCUGCCCUGACUCUGUGUUCCUGGAGGAACAUAUUAAAUUGAUACACUCAGAUUCUGCUGGUGCCCAGACUCUCCAGGCCCUGCAGUCCACCUCAUCUGCUGCACCCACCAUGGGGGACAGCAGCAGCGACUCCAGGAGGGGUGAAGGAGGGCAGAACAAGGAUGGCACAAGACCAGGGGCUGGUGUUGGCAUUAGUCGGGGAGGAGGGCCUGUGAAAAAGGAGAUUAAAAUUGAGGGAGGAUAUGAGUGUGGGGACUGUGGCCGCCAUUUUAACUACCUUGGCAACCUGCGGCAGCACCAGCGUAUCCAUACUGGGGAGAAGCCCUUCAUGUGUCCAGAGUGCGGAGAAAGGUUCCGCCAUGCAGCACGAUUAAAGAGCCACAGGCUGGUGCACAGCGGAGCCCAGAGCCCUUUCCCCUGCCCCCAGUGUGGCAAAGGUUUCUCAGUGCUGUCUGGACUCAAGAGACACCAACGGGUGCACACCGGUGAGAGCCCAUACGCCUGUCCUCAGUGUGGCCGGCGCUUUAAGGAGCUUGGGAACCUGUACACCCACCAGAGGAUCCACAGUGGGGCCACACCUUACUGCUGCCAGCAAUGUGGACGCAGCUUCCGCCAUCUGGGUACCUAUAAGAGCCACCGCUGUACCCCAGCACAGUAAAAAGCCUUGCUGCUACGCUCUCUGCAGCUCACUGACAAAUGAUACCAUGAAAUUUAAAGGACAUGGUGCUGACUCUGAGGGGUGUGUCUUCAUUGUGUGGCUGUCUGAUGUCACUGUGGGAGGUGCUGGUCAUGUGCAGAGCAGGGCUGGUUUUUCUGAGAUCCUGCCCAAGCUUUCAUGUUCUUUGACAUUCAUGGCAUUUCUCCUCAGGCGUCAAGAAACACUGUGUCAUUGAACCUCAAGGUUCAUUCUAGACCUUGGAAACAGUAGUUUGAGUCUCAACUUGUUUGUUAUGAAGCUUUAAAUGCUAUCACACAGUCUUCAUCAGCAGAUUGAGUUUGCUCAGUUGGCAAAGCUGAGCUUUGAAGUCCAUUCAUGACAUUGGUGAUUGUUAAGCCAACACUGUUAAAAAGUCCUACAAGCACUGAGAAACAUUCUAAGUUUGAGCGCCUACAGUUCUUUUACAACUGAGCAAACUCCAUCCAUUGAUGGAGACUGUAUUAUAUGGGAUAAAGCUCCGCAAAAGCUAGUAAACCUGGGUUGAGAUAAUUUGUCAAAAAGUUGCAUGAAGACAUAGCAUACAGGCUGUAAGACGUAUUUUUAGGCAAAGUCAUCAUGAGGAGAGGUGGAUCCAGGUCCACGACAAGGGAGGAAUACCCUCCCUGUUUUUGGACUUGACCACCUCAGUUCAGAGGACAAAGGACUAUAACAGUGGUUUUGCAUGUUUCAGCCCAUUUCUUAAAUUUUGGAUAUACUUUAAAGGAUAACUCAUGUUUAUUACAACUUUGGUUUUGUUUUCAUAGCUUUGUACAUCUCCUCUACCUGUUAUGAUAACUUUGUACUCACCAAGGAAGUUGCUGAGAUCUGAGACAUCAUUACAAUGAUGUCCAAAAUGGCAAAAACACAAACAGUCAAAUAAUCUGUAAGGAAAUAAACAGGUUAUCCACAUUAUCUAAACUACUUAAUUUGGAGGUAAACUCAGAGUGAGAACACAUGAGAUAUGGUUAGGUUCUGUUAGCCAAUUCAUUAACUCAGUGAAUCAUUCCCUGAUUCACAAAGUUUCAGCACAGUCUUUUAUUUAAUCCUUUUAUCUAUGAAGAAUACAUCUCACUUUUAGCCUGUAACAGCUAAAUUUAAACUUUUGUCUGUCGUCCUGUUUAUGUGGUCUAUGCAACCUGGUGUCUGUAGUCAGCAAAGUAUAGUAUCAAAUAUUGGAGUUUUAGUAAUUCUUAACUUGAAAAUUAUUAAAAGAAUUAGAUUUAAUUUAGGACUCAAGGAUUCAGAUUUGAUAAAAUGCUAUUAAACUGAGCAAAUGUGGUUGUUAAUAGCGACAUGUUGUUAAUAAUCCGUCAUUGUCUUGGAAAACUGUGUGCAUACAACUAUUCUUGGCAGCAUUGCCAUGUUCCAAAAUCUCAGAAAUUACACUAUAUUGGUGAGCUCAGUGUUAUCACAACUGAUAGAAUGAAUGGCCAGAACUACCAAAGAGAGGAAAAAAAACUGAACAUAGUGCUCACUUGAUUACUGAUCUGAAAUACAUUUGAGUUAUGUGCAGUUUUUCAUAUCAAACUGAAUGGCAAGGGAAAACUGUUAAAAACACUCUUAGACCAUGGUGUUAUUGGAAUAUGGUUUGCAUUAAUCUAUAAUGAUUUUAAACUAUUGAAACUUGGAGAAUUCAAGAGUGCAAGAUGGAAUAUAUGAUUUAAGAAAAAGGGUACAAUUGGUCAUUUGAGUUUUCAGUUUUUCACACUGACACACAUGGUUCAAGUACAAAAGGAAUCUCAUACCGAAAUAAUGAUGUACAGUGAAUUCAGAAAGUAUUCAAACCCCUUCACUUUUUUCACAUUUUGAUAUGUUGAGGCCUUAUGCUAAAAUGGUUUAAAUUCAUUUUUUCCCUCAUGAAUAUACACUAAAUACCCAUAAUAACGAAGCAAAAACAGAAUUUUAGAAAUCUUUAAAAAAGGACUGAAGUAUUCAGACCCCUUGCUAUGAUACUCUGAAUUUAGCUCAGGUGCCUCCCUUUUCUCUUGAACAUCUUGGAGAUGUUUGUACACCUUGAUUGGAGUCCACCUGUGGUUAAUUCAAAUGAUUGGACAUGAUUUGUAAAGGCACAUACCUGUCUAUGUAAGGGCUCACAGUUGAUAAUACAUAUCAGAGCAAACAUCAAGCCAUGAGAUUGAAGGAACUGCCUGCAGAACUCAGAGACAAGGUUGUGUCAAGGCACAGAUCUGGGGAAGGCUGUGAAAAAAUUGAUGCUGCAU